GCAGAAGUGAGGGAGGCGCUGCGGCCUCAGGGUCCAGCGCUAAGAAACUCCUCCUGGAGCUUCCAGCUGCUGCACGGAGGUGGCUUCUCAGUGAGGGGCCCGGGUGAGGCGGGGGCUCCUGUGGUCCAGAGAACAGAGCGGGACACUCACUGGGCAAAGGGGCUGGACCAGCCGGGGCCUCCUCCAUCACCUGGCCCGCUCCGAGAGCCCCAGGCCAUGCCCAGGAAACGGUGGGGACUGAGGAGAGUAACAGUUACCCCUCCAUGGCCGAUCCCUACCUGUCCAGCUAUUACCCGCCAUCCAUCGGAUUUCCCUACUCCCUCAACGAGGCGCCCUGGUCUAGCGGAGGGGACCCUCCCAUCCCGUACCUCACCACCUACGGACAGCUCAGUAAUGGAGACCAUCAUUUUAUGCACGAUGCUGUUUUUGGGCAGCCUGGGGGCCUGGGGAACAAUAUCUAUCAGCACAGGUUUAAUUUUUUCCCCGAAAACCCUGCCUUCUCAGCCUGGGGGACGAGCGGGUCUCAGGGGCAGCAGGCUCAGAGUUCUGCUUAUGGAAACAGCUACACCUACCCGCCAAGCUCCCUGGGCGGCACGAUUGUGGACGGACAGACAGGCUUUCACAGUGACACCCUCAACAAGGCCCCUGGAAUGAACAGCCUGGAGCAAGGCAUGGUGGGCCUGAAGAUUGGGGACGUCACCACCUCUGCGGUCAAGACGGUGGGGUCAGUGGUCAGCAGCGUGGCGAUGACGGGCAUACUUUCUGGCAGUGGUGGGACGAACGUGAGCCUGCCGGUGUCGAAGCCGGCCUCAUGGGCUGCUAUCGCCAGCAAGCCCGCGAAGCCACAGCCGAAAGCGAAGGCCAAGGGCGGCCCUGCGGUGGGGGGUGCACUGCCCCCUCCUCCCAUAAAGCAUAACAUGGACAUUGGCACCUGGGAUAACAAGGGGCCUGGGCCCAAGGCCCCGGCUGCCCAGCAGGCGCCGGUCCCCCAGGUGGCCCCCCAGCCGACUGGGCAGCCUCUUCCCGCUCAGCACCCCCCUCUGGCACAGCCGCAGUACCAGAGCCCCCAGCAGCCUCCCCAAACCCGCUGGGUCGCCCCUCGCAACCGGAACGCUGCGUUCGGGCCGAGUGGAGGGACAGGCGGCGACAGUAACUCCCUCGGGAACACGCAGCCCAGCUCUGCCCUGGGCGCGGAGUCCCACCCAGUCCUGGAGAAGCUGAAGGCGGCCCACAGCUACAACCCCCGGGAGUUCGACUGGAACCUGCGGAGCGGCCGCGUGUUCAUCAUCAAGAGCUACUCGGAGGACGACGUGCACCGCUCCAUCAAGUACUCCAUCUGGUGCAGCACCGAGCACGGCAACAAGCGCCUGGACAGCGCCUUCCGCGCCCUGGGCAGCCGGGGGCCCGUCUACCUGCUGUUCAGCGUCAACGGCAGCGGGCACUUCUGCGGGGUGGCCGAGAUGAAGUCGCCCGUGGACUACGGCACAAGCGCCGGGGUUUGGUCCCAGGACAAGUGGAAGGGCAAGUUCGACGUGAAGUGGAUCUUUGUCAAGGACGUGCCCAACAGCCAGCUCCGGCACAUCCGGCUGGAGAACAACGACCACAAGCCGGUCACCAACUCCCGCGACACCCAGGAGGUGCCCCUGGAGAAGGCGAGGCAGGUGCUGAAGAUCAUCGCCGCCUACAGGCACACCACCUCCAUCUUCGACGACUUCUCGCACUAUGAGAAGCGCCAGGAGGAGGAGGAGGUGGUGCGCAAGGAACGGCAGAACCGGAACCGACAGUGAGGCUCAGAGGGGUUCUCGCAGGUCUGCGGGGUGCGGCCCGGGCGGAGGGGCGUCUUGGUGCUGUCUCCGGCGGGGCUCCUGCCGGCCUCUCCUGCAGGCUCCACUGCUCAUGUCUUACCUUCUUCGUGGUUUAUUUUUGCCCAGAUGGCUCUGCGUUUGUUUGUAUUUUUUCUAUGUAUUAGAAUGUUGGAAACUCACUCAGUAAAGGAGUGUUUCUGUCAGCUUGUCAGUCAGACUGCCCUAAUGUGAAAUGUAAGUAUCCUUAAAAACAAAAAUCUAAUACAUCCCAAAGAUUUAUUAUUAUUAUUUCUUUUCGGUGAAAAUUAUGUUCUUAUUCUUACACUCAGCCAUUUCACAUUUCUGUACGAGACUCAGUUCUUGCCCCUUGUGCUUUACAGCGAGCGUGAGAAACCACGAGCCAUCUGCCGAGCUCCGCUGACGCGCUGCUCUCAAGAUGCCGGGGUCAGCGGGCUGCGGCUCACUUUGUUUGGCUGGUUUGCCAUCAUUUUAUCUUUGUUACCUAUUAUCAACGUAAAAUGCCAGUCUGUCCGUUUGAUUUCCACUAGGCAGAAGGACACAUUUUAGUUGUUCAGAUUUGGUGAACGUGCUGUUUCCUUGGGGCCCCUGCCUCCUACGGCCUUGCGUGCCCGGAGGGGCCGCUGUGCUCCUGGGCGGGCAGUGGUGACAGGCCCGGGCCUGGAGGGGCUCCUCACUUUUCUCCGUGGAGCGUCCUGACGCCGUUUCAUGUUUUUAUACCAGUAAUGCUGAGCUUUAAAUGUCAGGUCUGGUAGGACAGACGGUGUGACAGGUGAUGCCGCCGAUUGUAAAUUUCACCGUGUAUGUCUAAUUUUUUUUCCUGAAUGGAUAAAAAACAAAAAAGUCUUCUAGAAAUUGAA